AUGCCCCCUAUCGAACGAAAAGAAACCAUCAGGAGCCUUGCCCUGGCUGGCACGCGACUCGACACAGCCUUGACCGCCUGGAACCACGACCUCAACCGGACAAAAGAGCAGCACAGAUACGAUCCUUCAACACCACAAAUCACGCCGUCCAAAUCCGUCCCAGAUGCUCUCAUGAUCCUCGCCUCAUCACUCGCAUACCACAACAGCCGCGCACAACUCCUCGACCGCCCGACUCCAGGUCUAAUCAACCUCUUGCUCGCUCACAUCAAACCCCUGCCAUCAACCGUGACGCAAGACUGGCACGUCAAGCGCUGCCUAGCGGAGAUAGAGCAAGAUCUCCUGGCUCGACAUGACGAGCUGGGCUUGGCGGAACAACGACACAUCCACGGCCUCGAAAGUCUACGCGACCUGCAUAGAGAGCUCUUGGAGCAGGAGAAAAGUGGCAAAAUGGCAGUCAUCUUCCAAGCCCUCCAUCUCGCCGAUGGCGCGCGUCGGCUCUUGGACGAGAACAAACGCGUGCAAAAGGAUACGAAUCGCGCAGAGUACGAGCAGUUGAGAUGGCAAGUCGAGCAGGCAAUUGAUCUGACAUACAAGUGUCGCGCUGCCCUGGGCGCUCACGAUCGAUCGAUCAACCCACUUUUGCAGAUGAUGAGCUUGAUUACUGGGAAAAUCCCGAGACAGAUGAUGAUUACGGAGUUCUUCAAGGCGCGACACUAA